AUGGCAAAAGGGGAAACAGAGGGUUCUGCUAUUGGUAGAAGAAUAGUAUUACCUUCGAAUUUUAUUGGCGGCCCUAGAAACAUGAGACAAAAAUAUGUAGAUGCAAUGGCCUUGGUACAAAAGUUCGGUAAGCCUGAUAUUUUUUUAACUAUGACGUGCAAUCCUAAUUGGCCUGAAAUAAAAGAAAAUCUUAAACCAUAUGAAGAAGGCCAAAAUAGAGCUGAUUUGAUUGUUAGAGUUUUUCAUGCUAAACUAGAACAACUUAAACAUGAACUUUUCAAGAAUAACAUUUUCGGAGAAAUUUGUGCUCACACUUACGUUAUAGAAUUCCAAAAAAGAGGACUUCCACAUGCACAUUUUUUGCUUAUAUUAGAAAGCAAUUGUAAAAUGCAUACACCUGAAGACUUUGACAAAAUUGUUUCUACAGAAAUACCAUCAGAAAGUGCAAAUCCUCAUUUGUUUAGGAUGGUUGUGCAACAUAUGAUUCAUGGUCCAUGUGGCUCUUUAAAUCCUUUUAACAUAUGUAUGAAAAAGAAGGGUUCUUGUAAAAAUCUUUACCCAAAAGACUUUUCUUCUCAGACUAUUCAAACAGACGAUGCAUAUCCUAUAUAUCGUAGACGUAACGAUGGGUCCGAAGUGAAAGUCAGAGGUGCUAUUCUUAAUAAUAAAUGGGUCGUUCCGUAUAAUGCCUAUUUGCUUUGUAAAUUUAACUGUCACAUUAAUAUAGAAAUUUGUUCAUCAAUAAAGGCUGUGAAGUAUAUAUAUAAGUAUAUUUGUAAGGGUUCUGACAAGAUAAGCUUUAAUAUUUCUCCAAUUACAAACCCUGUCCUUAUAAAUGAGAUUAACGAGUAUCAAUCAGGUCAAUGGGUUUCUCCUCCUGAAGGUGCAUGGAGAAUUUUUAAAUUUCCUUUGGGUGAAAUGAAACCAGCUGUUAUUCAUUUGCCCUUGCAUUUAGAAAACUAUCAGCCUUUGACAUUCAAACAUAAAUCAACAUUGGUUAAUAUUCUGAGUAACUCUGGUCAAAGAAAAACUAUGUUGACUGAGCUUUUUGUUGAAAAUGAUAUUGGAGUUUUAGCAAAAAAGCUUAAGCUCACAUACAAUCAUUUUCCUGAUCAUUUUGUUUGGAAGGGGGAUAAAAAGAUGUGGUCACCCCGGAAAAUAGGCGACUCAAUUGGUCGUAUUGUGAUUGCCCAUCCAACUGAAGGCGAAAGGUAUUAUCUUAGAAUUCUUUUGUCUAGAGUUCGCUGUCCUAAAUCGUUUGCUGAUUUAAAAAUGAUUAACGGGGUAACUGUUGCUACCUUUAGAGAAGCUGCUUUGUUACGUGGUUAUUUACUUGACGAUGCUACUCAACAAGUAUGUAUGCAAGAAGCUUCUACUUUUCACAUGCCAUUGAGUUGA